AUGGGUAUAACAGAUCUUUCUGAGUUGGUGCAUGCCGAAAGAUUUAUAGUAUCCAGAACUCCCAUGAAAGACCUGAUUCCUCCUCCGGGGUUUGAAGAAAUUGAUACCACAAAAACUAAGAAAAAAAAUUUAGGUGUCACCGAUACCAAAAAAAAAGAUUCAACAUUGAGUGAACUAAAGGUGAAAAAGGCUUGGGAAAUUGCGACUUCCCCUGCCAAGUCAAUACCAAUGAAUCUUAUAAUGAGCUACAUGACGGGAAAUUCUUUGCAAAUAAUUCCGAUUACGAUGACAUUGAUGCUAUUUUGGAACCCUCUAAAGGCCAUAUUCACAGAUACUAAUGCGGCAUUUAAGGACUUAAAGACAGAGGACAAUGGACCAGAUAUACUAUUGACUAAGAUUUUAUUUGUAACAUGCCAAUUGCUCAACAUGGGCGUUGGAAUCUGGAAACUAUACAAUAUGGGACUUAUUCCAAAUAAAGAAGCAGAUUGGUUAGCAUGGAAGGAGAUUGCACAUUUUAAGGAAUACGUAUCCAUUUUAUAG